CUCGUAUUUCACAUGUAUUCCAGCAGCCGGGAAUAGUGUGCGGUGCGGGGAGGUUAUUUUCCGUCCUUCAGAAGAAGGACUUUAUUUCUUCCGACGAGGAACAGAUAUGGGUGUUUAGCUCUGCUCUACACAGUGAGAUGGCCGGUGUGAAGAAGGAGCUCCGGGACAAGGGCGCCGUGGUCGGGGCAUCAUCAUGUGUUCGGGACAGGGAGCGGGUCUCCUCGAGCUCGGCGGCGAAGGAAGGACGACAGCGACAGCCUGCGAAGCAACACGACGUCGUCGUAAAGGCGAACGGAGCACAGCAGACGGCACAGUCUUCGUGCCAGUCUCUCGACGCCUCGCUGGAGGAAGAGGUCAAAGCGUUCCUCAUCAACGAAGACGAGCUGCACACCUACGACGAUUUAACCAAAGUCAGCCCUGUGACCCCUAGUACAGUUUUGAAAUGCUUGCAAGCGAGGUAUUCUGCAAAGGUGUUUUACACCCAUGCCGGCUGCACGCUGGUGGCCCUGAACCCCUUCCAGCCCAUUCCUCACCUGUACUCCCUGGACGUGAUGAAGGAAUACCACUGCGCCCCGCAGCCGCAGGAGUUCAAGCCCCACAUCUUCAUUGUGGCUGAGGAGGCAUACAGAAAUGUCCAGGGUCAAGUGGAGCCAACAAACCAGUCUCUGGUGGUCAGCGGGGAGAGUGGUGCUGGAAAGACAUGGACGUCCCGUUGUCUGAUGAAGUACUACGCAACGAUCGCAGCACCAUCAUCCUCCCAGAAGUGCCAGGACACAGUGGAGAGGAUAGAGCGGAGGGUGUUGGACUCGAAUCCCAUCAUGGAGGCUUUUGGUAAUGCCUCCACCUUAAGGAAUAACAACAGCAGCCGGUUUGGAAAAUACAUCCAGCUCCAGUUGGACAGGUCACAGCUGUUGGUUGGAGCAUCCGUUCAAACGUAUCUCUUGGAGAAAACCAGAGUGGCUUUCCAGGCUGCUAAUGAAAGGAAUUUCCACAUAUUUUACCAGAUGAUGAAGGGCGCCACAGAGGAACAAAGACUGGAGUGGAAGAUGCAAUGCGACCGGCAGUUCAACUGGUUGCCAAAUGCUGACAAAACCCUUGAAGAGGACUGUUUUCAAGAAACAAAACAUGCCUUGGAGCACCUGGGCAUUGAUGUGGAUGUACAGGGUCAGAUAUUCCGGAUAUUAGCAGGUCUGCUUAAUCUGGGGAACGUAAUCUUUUGCCCGUCGGAUGACGAGUCCCAGCCUUGUAAACUCAAGGAACAAUCCAGAGGUUUCCUGCAGAACACUGCAGACCUGCUCGGGGUCCCGUCGGAGGAGCUGGAGGCCUGCCUGAGGCUGCGGAGCCUUCGGGCCGGUAAACAGAGCGUGGUGCUGAAGCCCUGCUCGCAGGCCGAGUGCAGCGUUCGCAGAGACUGCCUGGCUAAGCUCAUCUAUGCUCACGUUUUCGACUGGCUGGUGGCCUGCAUCAACAAAAGCAUGUGCGCAGACACGUCCCGCUGGUGCAACUUCAUAGGUCUUCUGGAUGUCUACGGCUUUGAAUGCUUCACGUCGAACAACUUGGAACAGCUGUGCAUCAACUACGCCAAUGAGAAGCUGCAGCAGCACUUCGUGGCUCAUUACUUGAAAGCACAACAGGAGGAUUAUGUGUCAGAGGGCCUCGCCUGGUCCUUCAUCCAGUACCAGGACAAUCAGAGCUGCUUGGAUCUGAUCGAGGGCAGCCCUGCCGGUGUCUUCUCUCUCCUCAAUGAGGAAUGUCGGCUGAACCGCCCCUCGGACGCCAAGCAGUUCCGCAUGCGGCUCGAGAAGGAGCUCUCCAGCAACGCCUGUGUGAGUUGGGACAAGUUCAGCAGGCAACCAGACUUCACCGUACUACACUAUGCUGGCAAAGUGAGCUACCAGAUCGAAGGCAUGAUGGAGAAAAAUAAGGACCCUGUACCCCCUGAGCUAGUACACCUGCUUCAACAGUCCCAGGAUUCCUUGCUUCAAAGCUUCUUUACUGAGCACAGCACCGAGGACAGUAGUGGCAGGGGCCCCAGCAAAGUCGUCACCGUCGUCUCCAAAUUUAAGAACUCGCUGGAGAGCUUGAUGAAGAUCUUGCACAGCACCACCCCCCACUACACCAGAUGCAUCAAGCCCAACCCAGACUGCCGACCCCUGACGUUUAAGAAGGAGGAGGUUAUAAAUCAGCUGGAAGCUUGCGGUAUUGUGGAAACCAUCAAUAUCAGUGCAGCAGGAUUUCCUAUAAGGAUUCCUUACCUAUGUUUCCUCCAACGUUAUGGGCUCAUCGUUAACUCCAAAAUGUUCCAUCGGUCAAGGGGUGAAAAUGGUCUGGACGUUGACAAAGACACGCUGCUCCGUGAGGUCACACGCAUUCUCAAUGCGGUGCUGCGGCGCCACUCCCUGGAUCCCUGUGGCGACGCCGGGGGAAGGACGCGCAGCUCCAUGGUGCACUGCGGAAGGACCAAAGUGUUCAUGACGCACUCCAUGCUGGAGCUCCUGGAAGGACAAAGGGACCGAGAGCGCUCCUCGAAGGCUUUCUCUAUCCAGUGCUGCUGGCGGCGGCACUGCUGGAGGAAACGAGAAGCUCGCAUACACGCCGCGACCCGCAUCCAAGCUGCUGUACGAUUGUGGUUGGUCAGAAGAGAAGUUCUGAGAUGGCGCAGAGCUGCCACUGUCAUCCAGAGAUGCUGGCGCAAAUGGAAAGCCCACGUGGAGUCCUUGGCUGAGACAGAACUGGACGAUGUCGCCAACAUCGAGGCGGAGACACCCGUGUACGAUCCCACCCUUCGGGAGCGGGGUUCCGUGCAGCUCUCCACAUGCCAGGAGCCCGUCAUGGUGCGGUCGUGGCCCCUAGGCCUGGCGUUGGCCUCGGCCCCCACCAUCACCGUGGCUGUGACGGCUUGCGGCUUCCAGAAGGUGGUGUCCCUGAUGACCUGUCUGAAGCUGUCCUUCAGGAGCACCGACUACAAGGUGGAGACGAACCAGUUUGACCAGGGAGUGGCCUCGAUCAGGGCUCAGCCCCAGGAGUCUAUUAAGCUCCAUCUUCAGCGAUCUCCGCUUCUGUAUGCUGACAUGUAUCCUGGGCGGAAAACUGGAGGAAUUACUGGCUUCAACCAGAUCUUGCUGGAAAAAACAUAAUCUUGUCUUUCAAUGUUUUCCUUGAAUCUUUGCACCUUUUUAAAGAUGAAUGUGCACAGGAGAUUUUUUUCUUCUUCUAUAGCUGCCUUUCGAUGUUUUAUCUUUAAAUCAGUAUUUACUCAGUUGUCCUCAGGCUGAUUGCCCGUACCGCCACACUACAGUGCCUCGUCUCUGGGACUUAUCCGUCAAGUACCGUAAGCCUUAUUUAUACCCGUCUCCCGUUUCUGUAUUUUAGUUGAUUAGUUGGAUUUUUUUAAACUGUAAAUUGCUUCUUCUUUUGCGUUGUACUACAAUGCAUAAUUGGUACAAUCAAGGACUUUAAAGAAAGCGCAAUAUCAACAACACAGAAAUGAAUGUGGUUUUAAACCAGAAAGCACUAUUGGGUAAUGGAGAAACAUCUAGUGCAAUCAUAGUUAUUAGUUACAUAUGUAUAUUUGGGGUUAAAACACUAAUUUUGAAUAUGAAGUUUAAGAUUUAGACCUCCCUGGGCGUUUUUACUACUCAUAGCUCCAGGUGGUACGUACUGUGCUUUUGUGGGGCAAACUUUGACAGCUGUUGCCUUGCUGCUGCAAUGCUGAAGACUGGAAAGAUGAUACCACAGGAAUAAAGCAACUAGUACGUUAAUUUAAGUAACGGACAACUGCACAUCGUCCUCGUAGUUGUGAUUUAUAGGGGAAGAAAAGCUUUGUGCCAUUUCAUGUUCUCGAAUGCUAACUUGCUGCAACACGCUGGAAGCAAAUUUCAGGUAAAAUGAACUGACAACCAUUUAGUGGAUGUGCUUCCACUACAACAAUGCAGAACUGCAUUAUUACUCGUCACUUGUAAUGCUUCUAGAGCACUCUUGUUAGCCUACCCAUAAUUCUCAACCUGUUUCUAGAAUAAGACAUUUUCUGAAUGGGUGUUGUUAUUGAAAACCAAACUAAAUGUGCUAAAAAUACCAAUGUUUGGCUACACCAAAAACAGCUGCUGCUAAGACAGAUUUAUAAAGCUGCUAUAAAGGACACUAAAUACAUGUAAAUGCUCUUAUGGGCUGCCAUUGCUAGUUAUUGUAUUUUGCUAUUAAUUGUCAGAGCUAUUCCUAUUGAUAAAUUAAUUUUAACCAUUUGUGUGCAGUGUUUUUCUGUUUCAAGUUUCACUAUCACACUAAGCCUAUUUUGUAACAUUCACAACUUACUAGAUAUGUGCAGUUCAAUGGCACCAUACACAACACUUUCACAUCUUUACCACAAAACACUGGAAUACUUAGUGAUUGCAAAAAAUAAAUUUUCAGAAGAACGCAAGAUUCAGUCAGACUAUAGCUGUCAUCACCAUAUCUUCUUCGGACCCUGUCACCUUGUUCAUU